AUGGUGUCCGUUCUCGACUCAGAAGCUCAUUUUGAGCGCAAAGCCAAGGCAGCCGGGAUCACAGAUCCCAAUGUUGCUGUCCUGAAAAAUAGAGGGUUCAAGACCCUGAGCCAAAUCGCUUACAUGGUCUCCCAACCGGGGGUGCCUAUGCCGGAGGCAGAUUUUGCAACAUUCUGCAGCACUCACUUUGCUAGCUUCUCCAUACAAGAAAUCAGCAGCCUGCGCCGUCUGAUUUUUGAAAGUCAGACAUUGACAGUCGCAUCCUUGCGACUCCAAGUGAGUGAUCCGGACGCGUCUAGCAAACAGAAAAUGCCGGAGGCUGAGCGCGAUGUGAGACUCGAGAACUUGAGACGCUCUCUUCCAGGAAUCACCGUCGAAGGGCAUCUUGAACCAGCAAGGUGUUUGCUCGAUGCAGCAGCUCGCAUUGAGGCAUCCAAUCAAAUUGUCUACUUGGCACCUGAGAAGUGUGUGUCACGGCUGUGUGAGGAGGCCGCAGAUCCCGUGGAAGCUCCCACCAAUGGCGCCAUGGCCGUGUUUGAUGCACUAAGGAGGCGGGGCCUUGCGCUUUGCUUUGCCAAUCUCAUUCAUUGGCCGAAUUAUGAGCGGUAUCUCAAUACCCUCUUUCACCACUUGCACCGCGAAGCAAAACCUGGAUAUUUAAAGUGUACGAUUCGCCAACUGGUCGAAGCCGACCGGCUUUGUUGGUCGCGUCUUAUCGAACAGAAUGUGAAACCUCGGCCUAAUCCCGGAGAUCCUCUGCCUUUAGAUUCCCAGUUGCAGGCUACUUUGGAAAGCUAUGAUGUGAGCUUCGAGUUGAUGCCUCUGCCUCAGCAGCCGCCAAAACGCAAAGAGUCUUGGCCAGACCGCGCCCCGAAAGUACCUAAGGGCACUUCAAAAGGUCAGGGUCAAGGCAAGGGCAAGGGCAAGGGCAAGGCCCGCAGCAUGAUCAAGAUCCCACGGGGCAUACGCAGCAAGGGCGGAACAGCCGAAACGCCCGACGGAUCUCGCAUCUGUUUUGACUACUCACUUGGGGAGUGUAAGUUGGGUGAUGCAUGCACGAAAGGCAAGCAU